GGUUGACUUGACGUUUGAUGUUUUGAUUCGGGAUUCGGUAUGAUUGCUGCCGGUCCGGUAAAUAUACAAUAAACUGCUGGAAAGGGAGUCUUUAUAAAAUUAGUAUACUAAUUUACUAAUAAAUCAUGUCUAAACUAGAAGACAAAAUUAUUAAAGGGCUGGAAGAUAUUGGAUAUACUGGCCCAUUAUCAAAGUAUUCCCAGCUGCAGACCGCUGUCGAAGUUGGCCCUAAGCAUGAAGAAUAUACACAGUUAGUCAGUUUUCUGACCAGUGAAAUUAGAACACUUGAAAGUGUGGAUGAAGAAGUUAAUCCAAUUUCAUCUCCGGAGGAUUCAGUAGCAUUUGUUAUGGAAAUUACAUCUUUUCUAAAAGAACUAAAUUGUCCUUAUCAAAUACUUACACAUGGUCUAGUCUCGGAGAGACUACAAAAUAUAGCUGAUCGAUUACUGCUCUUGGAUUAUUUAAUUACUGAACUCAUGAGUGCAAGAAUAUUACAAGAUAAGAAACCAGAAAAGAAGAUUGAAUUAAAACUACAAGAAACACCCGAAGCUGCUGAUAUGAGACUGAUUUUGCAAACUUUGCGUUUUCCUAAACCACCAGCUAAUAUAACUAUAACGCAGUUAUUUGAUAAAUUAGAUACCACAAUUCCACUUGCCAUUAAAAAAGCUGGAAGAGAUUUAAUUGGAAGUGGAAUUUUCAGCGGAUUUUUAAGCGAUAAACAGUGGGAAAUAUUAAAAGGAGUACAGAAUGAUUUGGAUAACGAAUAUAAAAUUAGAAGAGAAAUGUUACUUACCCGAUUAGAUGUUACAGUCCAAUCAUUUCAGUGGUCAGAGAGAACAAAAGGAAAGGAUGAACUAUUUGAAAAAAUAUACCAUGACAAACGAAUCUCUUUGAAAAUUGAUCCUGAUGUAAAUAUAUCAGAUUUAAUUUCUGCUAGAACUGACUUGGCCAUUAUUGAAAAAACUAGCAGCGCAGCAGUGAGAAAAAAUACAAGAACCGAUGUAAACAAAGUAAUAAUUGGACAGGUUCCUGAUCGUGGAGGUCGUAGUUGGGAACAAGCGCCUCCACCACCGGAAAUGCCCUCCUGGCAGCAACAGAGAACAACAGGAGGGGGAAAUCAAAGAGGUGGAGGACAAUCAUUUAGUGGUGGUAGAGGGGGGGUUUCUCGUAACGACGGUCGACCUAGUGGAUAUUAUAAACAAGGUUUCCAAGGUGGUAGAAACUCAGGUGGUUAUCAAGAUUUUGGAAAUAGCAAUUACUCAAACAGAGGAGGGUAUCAAGAUCAAGGUAACAGCAGCUUUGAUAACCACUCAUAUGACAACAGAGGUGGGAACGAUGGUUAUAAUAAUUAUGGAAGAGGAGGCGGGAAUAACGGAUAUUUCAAUCGAAGAGAGAGUUCUUACAAUCAAGAUUAUCAACAAAAUAAGAGACCAAAAACAUAUGAUUCAUUUCAGGCAAAUAAAACCACCUAUGCUGAUCAGUAUGUUGAAGAAAAUCAGCAUAAUCAACAAUAUCAAAGGGGAAGAAAUUCCUAUCAGAGAGGCCGAUCGAAUUAUCAUAGAGGAGGAGGGGGAGGAUAUAGAUAAACAAAAAUAUUCACCGUAUUUCUUUUUAUUUAAAAUAGAGUGCAUACAACUGUAAAUUCAGUUUUAAUUAAAUUUUGAAAUUUAUAGCAAUGUAUUCUUAUGUUUAAUAUAAGCUUGUGAACUCAGUACUAAAAUUAUAUUUUAAGUGAUUAAAUUAGUUUACAUUAAAUUGUAACAAUAAAUAUUUAUAAG